GCGAUGGGUGCCGGCCGGAGCACACACUCCGACGGCUCUCCGGCACAGAGUCCGACGCGACUGCUCGACGGCUUCCCCGAGACGCGUCACAUCGAUGAACAUGGUUUCCACAGCGCCCUGCUGUCUCCGAACCGCGAGUUUCCUACCAUUUCGUCACCCCCACCGCGAACCGACGUCGACGAUCGACUACCCUCUCCUCCACCAGCGUCAUCACGAGUGCCUGUCGUGAUCCGUAUGACGUCGUCAUCCGGCGAGCGCCGUCACUCGAUGCGAGCCGACAGCCCGAUGCCGAAACUGCAGGUGGAAGCGAGGAGACUCAGUGAUCCGCGUGACGACCAGGCACACGUGGGCAAACACCAGCAGAGCGACCUGGAAAGCCAGAUCAGGGAGAUCGAGCAGAUGACGGACGGCAUCCUGGAAGACAUCGAAGCCGAGAAUCUGGGCAGCUUCAGCACGGGUCACGAUCCGUCGACGACUACGAAGGCAAAGCGAGGCCCGCAUCAAGAUUCCAACUGCCCGUUAGACACUGGCAAGUCGGCCGCUCCACUGAGGGGCUCCUUCGAACGCAGCCUCUUCAGCGACACGACCAAGUUUUCGGGACUCGGCAGGCCACAACUGCCACCGACACGGUCGCUGGAGCGUGGAGGCCGCAGGGCUUCAGUGCCAUGGGAGGCCGCCGUAGCAGGCUUUCGAAGUGGUGGUCAUCGGUACAAGCCUCACAGCCGCAGCCCGGCAUCUGAGGUCAGGUCGCAGUCACAGCCGGCCGCGGGCCUCGCCGUGACCGAACGUCAUGGCGCCCACACGAGGACGAUGUUCGGAGCGGAGACGACGUACAGUCCAUUUCUCCUUCACGAGCCAAGAAACACCAUGCAGAAUAAUGAACAAAGCUAUGACUUCAGUAAAUUCCAUCGAGCCAACCAGCGCGAGAAAAAAGGACAUUCUUUAUUUGGAGGUCACCAGCCUGACCCUGUCAGUCUCGCUGCGGAUAAACAACGCAGUUCCAAUACGACAGAAGACCUGCAAGAUAGAGCAAACCACUUCUCACCGAGUGAAGAAGGUGGUCCCGUUGAGUACGACGUAUCCGAAAAACUCAUUCUGGAAGACAUCGAAAAGGAAUACUCGGUCACGUAGCACUUACGAAGGUUUUAUAUUAAUACAUAUAUUUUGCCUUGGA